AUGUGCGAAUCGAGAAAGGAACGCAAGACAGCCCGCGUUGGUGUGUGGAAGAGGAAGGACAGAGAGAAGGGGCGUCGUGAGGCAGAACCGUGGAUGCUGUCAGGGGUAGCUAAACGACCGGUCUCAAUGGAGUCGAAGCUUCCCCCGCAGCUAAAGCCGCCACAUCCGUGCGAGAAUGAUAUGAAGGCAUUCAUCACUGCGCUACCGAAGAGCGUUAAGAGACGCGUUCAGGCACUAAAAAAACUGCAGGCCGAAGGUAUCAGUAUUGAAUCACAGUUCUAUGAGCGCGUCCAUCAACUGGAGGCGGAAUUCGCUCCACUCUUCAAUGACCUCAGUUCCAAGGUUGCUCACUUGCAUUUUACUAAAUCUUUGGAUUUUUCAUUUUCGUAG